AUGGCGACAUCUAAUGGUUCACUGUGCAACAUCUCCGGGUCCGUGUCCGAGAAUGGGAGCUGGAUCGGCUGCAUGGAGUCGGAUAUUGAACAGGGCGCAGUCCCAGCAGUUCAAGCGUGGAUCGCUAACCUGCUGAUUCCUGUCAACAUGAUCAGCAUACUUGCUAAUCUUCUCGUCAUCUUGGCUGUGACACGGACAUCACACCUGCAGGAGCCGGCACACACGCUGAUCGCAAACUUGGCUGUCGCCGAUUUUCUCAUGGGCGUGCAAGGAACCUUCGUAUCACCAACGACCUUUCUAAUCGAAUUCCCGCCAAAGAUCAUAUGCCUUGGACACUUCAGUUUGGGUACGCUCUCGGGACUUGCAUCAACAAACUCGCUCAUUGCCAUCAACGUAGACAGGUACAUUGCAAUAUCCCGACCGCUACUCUACUACCAGAUCGUCACACCGCGCGUUAUCUUAGUAAUGGUAGUCCUCGCUUGGAGCUUUGCCUUCUUCGCAAGCGUGAUGACUCUCAUUGGCAACCGCUGGCAGCCGGAUCAACCGUGCAUGUAUGACACCGUCACGAGUAGAACAGCUAUUAUCUGUGGCUCUCUAGUCAUUGGUACGUGUGGCGUCGCCAUCAUCUCCAUCUACGCUUACAUAAUGAUGAUUGACAAGCACCACCAAAGGCGGCCGACGACGAUGCCAAACGUCUUGGCAAGCUUCAGAUGCUUGGCGAGCUCAGCAGAGAAGGAUUUUCCGGUCGCGCUCCUGCUCCUCCAUCUUUGA